UUCUACGAGAUACAUACCAAAAUGACGGACGCCCACACUACCCGGACGAUAGUCGGAAUCAUCGGAAACAUGAUAUCUUUCGGCUUGUUCUGCGCUCCAAUACCAACGAUGGUGAAGAUAUGGAAGAUGAAAUCGGUGUCGGAGUUUAAGCCAGAUCCUUACGUAGCUACGGUUCUAAACUGCAUGAUGUGGACUUUUUAUGGACUUCCUUUUGUACAACCCGACAGUCUCCUCGUCAUUACCAUUAAUGGAACUGGUCUUUUCAUGGAACUCGUUUAUGUCACCAUCUUCUUCAUCUUCGCUACCUCGCCUAUCCGCAGAAAGAUCACAAUAGCGAUGAUGAUUGAGGUGAUAUUCAUGGCGGUGGUGAUCUUCUGCACAUUGUACUUUUUGCCUACAACAAAACAGAGAUCUAUGCUUAUUGGGAUCUUGUGCAUUGUUUUCAAUGUUAUCAUGUAUGCUUCUCCUUUAACCGUCAUGAAACUUGUGAUAAAGACAAAGAGCGUGCCGCUCUUCCUGUCAUUAGCCAGCUUAAUGAACGGAAUCGUUUGGGUCAUUUAUGCUUGUCUUAAAUUCGACCCCUAUAUUUUGAUUCCAAAUGGUCUUGGAUCAAUAUCAGGAAUAGUACAACUUAUACUAUACGCAACUUACUAUAAAACAACGAACUGGAACGGGGAAGAUGAUGAUAAAGAAAAGGGCUACUCAAAUGCUGAAAUAGAGCUUGGCCGAGCUUGACAAUUGCACUGAUGUGUCGCACAUUUACAAUUGUUCUCUGACAACAUCUAGUUGAUAAUGACCAGCUUCAUCGUUAGGUUAAGGUAGAAUCAGAAGAGAUGCCAAAGAAUGAAGAAGAAGCAACCACAGAAGCUACAAACUUUACUUGAGUUGGAAGAAAGAAAGGGGUUUUACUUCAUUGGCUGAAAAGUGAAAUGGUUAUAACUUUGGCAAGU